AUGAGGACCAAUUAUUUUAAAAAUGUAGGCUGGAUAGCUCAUGUUUGAACUCUAGCUCCAUACUGUAGUGGAUAAAUGACCUACGUGGGAAUCAAGGUCAUCCAUGCUGAUAAGCCAUAGUUAUCUUGUUUAUGAGAAGUUGGUUGGGGAAUAGGUGGAGAUUAACAUGAAAUAAUGCACUUUAUUCUUCUAAACUUACUAAAGAACUGUAUUUUCUCUUGUAGGGUGACACUUCAUAUGUAAAGGACCGGUGGUGUGUAUUUGAUGGAUUCAUGGUGUUUUGUCUUUGGGUAUCGUUAGUUUUGCAGGUAAUGUUAUAUCACAAAUGAUGUGUAUGUAUAACGUAUACAGCCGCAUUCAUUAAGAAUAUUGUAAACCAAAUAAAAAUUGAGUGUAUUUGUUCUUCAUAACUACAGUGUUGUAUUGGUAAUCACUCCAAGGAAAAACUCUUGCAUUAGCCAUACGUUUUAAACCCUGGAAAGUUCUAGGAAAGUACGCCAUGAAAGUAAAAUACCCGCACAAUCUAGAAAAUUCUAUAUGGAUUCUACUAUAACAAGUGAGGAAUUGAAUGGAUUAAUACCUGAGCACAAUAUUACCUGGACCUUAUUAUAUGCCUAAAAGUAAUUUUACCUGACCAGAUUAUCAAUGAGCAUAAUACGAUUUAUAGUCUAGCGUGGGCCGUCUGGAUGCAUCAAUCUGUCUUUGCUACCAGUUUUAGCAGGGAACUAACACUGGCUUUGUAAUAGCCACAGUGAGAAACUUUGCAGCCUGUCCACUUUGUCUAUGGUUAGCAUGGUGUGUGUGCUAUGUGCUGAUGCCGGACUCAAAAGUUGCACACAAGUGAUCUUUCUAGACAGGAUGACAGUACGGCAACUGACUACCUGACAACUUAGAGUGGCGGCCCUACACAUAGCGUAGUGCUGGUGCAGAAUCUUUGCAUACUUUUAUAAAAUGAAGUAGUUAUAGUGCUUAGAGUGACAAUUUACAAAUAAUUAGAGAACUCUCUAUAACAGGUUUGGCAUCAAAUUAUAGGAAAUGUAAUUCCAAAUUGCAAGUCUGAGGUAAAAACAGGUUUGCACUGUAACCCAGCGUUUAAUAAAUAAAUCUUACAUUCCAAAAAAGAGGCAAACCUUUCCUAUUUUACCAACUUUCGGUGUAGUAGAAAGACCGGGAAUGUUAUGAGAUAUCUUUUGCUUUUUAUGAAAAUACCAAUUUAAUUUUAGGUGCAUGUUGAUGUGGGUGUUUAAAGAAUUCUAUGAAAUUUCAUCAGUUUAAAUUGACAUACAGACAUUUAUAAAUGUCAUUGUACUUCCUCUAGCUAACUGAUGAUAUUAAUGAAUAUGGUGAGGCAUAAUGUCUGCUUUAUAAAAUGACUUUUAAUCACAGCAUCCUUAUCUUUAUGUAAAGCAUCAAUUUCUACUUUUACUUUUGCCCUCAUUACCUGUCUAAACUUCAUAUCAUGACAUUUAGAAAGUAUGACUUUAAAUGUAAACACUUGCAUUAUUUCAAGACUGCUGGGUUUUUUUUUCUGCAAAAAUGAAAUAUAGUUAGCAGACUGUUUUGAGAAUAUUUACAUUAUAAAGCAGUUACUUUGGAUUUGUACUGGAGAAAGAGAUACUAUUUUUGCUGUUAAAAUCAGUAUUUCAGUGUUCCAUUUAAUUAAAAGAGAAGGCUAAGCACCAUACGCACUACAAACCACUGUAGUAGUUAUGUUAUUAGAAGGCUACAGGUACUGUUCCACAUUUAUGGGUUAAGCUGUUCUAGCGGAUUAACAGAAAUUAGAGGGACUCAAUGUACUUUUAACAUUGCUUCUACCACACUUCCACAUUAGCAGGAUCAAUGUUGCCCAUGUUUGAGAGGUGUUGAUAGUCAAUCAGUGCCAUCCAAAUAUGCCAUCCAAAAAUUUAUAUUUUUAGUACUGAAAUGAAAAAUCUUCAUUAGCAAUUAAAUGAGAACCAUAACCACUACAACUGACUCUAUUUAACAUGAUGCUGUCAUUGUUCUGCUAACAUUUUGUAUCUGAGGACAAGUUUUUUAAAAGGCAGAGCUCAUGAAGGUGAAUAUUAUAUGCUGUCAAUUAUAAAACCAUAAGAGUCUAUUAAUAAACUUGGAGACAAUUGACAAAGGAAUCAAAUAUUUUAGUACAAAAUUAAUUCAUUCGUAAAAAAAAAAAACAUGAAUAAAGCUACUGAGACAAAUGUAAUUUUUGUUUUCCUACUGCCAGGUGUUUGAAAUUGCAGAUAUAGUUGACCAGAUGUCUCCUUGGGGAAUGCUGCGGAUUCCACGUCCUCUAAUAAUGAUAAGAGCGUUUCGUAUUUAUUUCCGAUUUGAACUACCAAGAACCAGGAUAACAAACAUUUUAAAGUAA